GGCGAGGUUGAACAUUCCCUCCUAGAGAUUAGAGCACAGAAUUCGCGAUGUGGUGAGUGUUCAGGUUAAAUUUGCAAUGAUUUUCAGCUUCGCCCCUCCUUGAACGGUCAAGUAUGUGUCAUGUUGGUCAACCGUAAUGAGUCAGAUGGAAAUGAACUUCUUCCACAGACUCCUACUUGCUCAUAUUCCAGAUUGGAACAGGAUUCUUCACACAUUUACUUCAUGGUUCAAAGGAUUUCCAAUACGCGGUAGUUAAGAGUUGAUUUUGCCUAUCACCCACGGGUUCCUUUCGCUCCACUAAGCACUGAAUUUCUCGCACAGUGCCACUGAAUCCUCAAAAUAUUUUGUAUCAUCCCAAUAAUUACCUCGAAUAUUUCAAUCCCAAAAUGGCUUCUACUUCACGGAUACCUCAUCUUUUGGAGCCCUACAUCUCUCUACCUCCAGAGUCCUCGCUCAAUCUUGUCACCAGCGUGCUUGGUGCAAGCGCGAACUGGCUGGUUCUGCGCCAUGUGUAUUCAUACCUGAGAGGUAGUACAGAUGGGGAUGAGAGCGCCAAGGACACAGGCGUCGUACUGCUGAGCUUCAUGAGAGAUGGUGCCUUUUGGAAAGAGGGCGCUACAAAAUUGGGCCUUGAUUUAGAUGCCCUAAGCAGAGCAGGACGCUUCACAUUCAUCGACGGUUUCUCAGGACUCUAUGGUGAAGCUAAGACCGGGGUGCCAGGCACACAAAAAGAGAGAACGCUUCGGAGUACGAAGCUUGCAGACAUCAAAAGGGAAAUUGAAGGUGCUAUCGCGGAUUUGCGUGCGUCGCGUAAGAUCCUUGUUAUCGACCAACUUGAUGCGCUUCUCGCUGUCACCGAUGACUCAACCACAAGUCUCACGCUUCAAGACGCCGUUCUUAGCCUACGCAGUCUUGUUCACAGUACGCUACUCACUCUGUCAGCCGACAUGCCUCUUGUUGCUACCCAAGUUACGAGGCUUGAGCGAGAGCACGCCAGCCUCGUGCUUUCUUCAGCGCAUGAAGCUGACAUGGUGAUGGCCCUACGGAUGCUUGAUACAGGGACAGCGAGGGAUGUCAGUGGUGUAGUGCGUAUUACAGGACCUGGAGCAGAGGGCUUGGGUGGUGCUAUUGAGUAUUUAUAUCAUGUGGUUGCGGACGGUGGGGUUAAGGUCUUUGAAAGAGGGACAUGAUGAAUGCGAAAUAGAAACCAAAAUCAAAGUCAAGAGCAACCGUCGUGGCAGUUGCGAGAACGUUAAUCUCAGAACCGCCGCUUGAGAGCCUUUGAGUUUACAGGUCAUACCUCAUUCAACAGGGUAUCAUGCACUAGAACGCGGAUUUCCAUGACAGACGAAUAGAACUUUUCCUCACAAAUGUCCACUCAAUCGCCACAGAAUCUCAGAAGAGCAAAAGG